CACAGGGUGUACACUGUACAGUGCCUAUCGUUUAGCCAGUGCAUGUAAAAAAUGCGAUUUCAUUUUCUGAUUUGCAUACUAUUAGCGGUGCCGUCCUCUCUCCAGGGGGCAGUAUUAAACACCGAUCCGCGGUUCAACAACUGGCCGAGAUUGAGCACCACUGACACGGUUACCCGCAUUCCGGUUUACAUCGAAACCGGUCGCUACACCGGGGCGGAAGUGCGCAAUAUACGAGAGGGAAUAUCGUUAAUUAAUGCCGAUCUCAAUGGAUGUGUCAAUUUCUUCGAGUUCACCACACCCGGCACACCACCCGGGGACUUCCUAUGGAUUACGGCUAAUCUGAACAACGGGACUCGACCGUUUAUUUGCAUGGCUAUCGGCGCCCACGCCGUAGCACAGAACCGGCUAGGACAGAAACUGAUCCUGGUAUCGGGAGCUCCGGGAGGUUGUGUUGGCAAUACACGAGAAGUCGUCAAGUUCCUGGCCAACACCUUAGGUCUUCUCAAUGAAUUCCAGCGCCUAGACCGACCUAUCACCGUUAUACCGGCCAAUGUGGAUAUCUCACUGCAGGGAUUCAAUAUUUAUUCACCCUUCCAAUCAACGCUAACGAAUGUCAUCGCCAGUCCCUUUGACUAUUACUCGGUGACCUUAUAUGCGCCCGCGAAAUUCCAGUCGACAACGGGUACCGGGUUGCCGGUGUACACCAACCCGGUGGAUGCUCCGACGAAUCAGAACUUUUUCAUACCGCGACUGAGCCGGUUAGAUUGUCUGGCGUUGGUGGCGCGGUAUCAGUGUAAUGCAGCCGUAACAACGUGUCCCGAUCCAUAUGCGACCGGAUAGUCAAAGACUCCAGGAACGUUCCAAAGAAGGCACGAAAUCACUGAAAUUAAUUUCUACCAUUGCUCACGGUCAAGCUCCCAAAAACAAUCAUUGUUCUUUCGAAUGUUGUAAAAAACUGUUUUAAACCCUGCAUAAAUGCGAUGGGUCUGACUUGAGUUGCAGUCUUUACCGACAGAAGUAUGUAUAUAGAUAUACAUAAGUUGGUUGUACAUUUGUUUGUUAUGAGCGUAAU